CAUAUUGUCAUGGAAACAGAUAAAAGCAUGGCCGAUUACACGACAGUUUACAAUUACCAGCCAUACAAGAAGGUAAUAAUUAAAUAUCUAAGGAUAUCUCAUCGACAUUAUAUGACAUUUUAGUGAUGUGAAAAAACAUGCGAGACCACUCGUGUUCAAUGCCGGACACGUGUACGGCCGUGCGGUUAGCGUGAUAGAUCUCGAGAUAUUAAUUUCAAAGGUUAUCUUUGCUGGUCGAAACAAGAAUUGGACGAAUGCGGAAGAAGAUGAAUCGGUAUAUAACCUUGAACCAACUUGGUGACGGUACCUUUGGUUCCGUUGUGCUCGGCGAACGUAUUGACACUGGAGAAAAGGUCGCCAUAAAAAGAAUGAAAAGGAAAUACUAUUCUUGGGAAGAAGCCAUGAAUCUUAGGGAGGUCAAGUCCUUGAAGAAACUUAGCCACGCGAACGUUGUGAAGUUGAAGGAAGUUAUUCGAGAAAAUGACGUAUUAUAUUUUGUCUUCGAAUAUAUGAAGGAGAACUUGUACCAAUUAAUGAAGGAUAGGGACAAACUUUUUCCAGAACCGGUGAUCAGAAACAUGGUGUAUCAGGUUUUACAAGGACUCGCCUUUAUGCAUAAACACGGUUUUUUCCAUCGUGACAUGAAGCCGGAAAAUUUAUUAUGCAUGGGGCCGGAACUGGUAAAGAUAGCUGACUUUGGAUUAGCCCGGGAAAUACGGUCAAGGCCACCCUACACCGACUAUGUGUCGACCAGAUGGUACAGAGCACCAGAAGUGUUGUUGCAUUCGACGAAUUAUAAUAGUCCAAUUGACAUUUGGGCUGUUGGAUGUAUCAUGGCUGAACUUUACACAUUUAGACCUUUAUUUCCUGGUAAAAGUGAGAUAGACGAGAUAUUUAAAAUAUGUUCGGUCAUUGGGACACCGGAGAAGGACGACUGGCCUGAAGGUUAUCAAUUAGCAUCGGCAAUGAAUUUCAAAUUUCCAAAUUUCACGAAAACGUCAUUAGCUGUAUUGAUACCCAAUGCUAGUCAAGAAGCUGUGAUACUGAUGGAAGAUAUGUUACAAUGGAAUCCUUUGAAAAGGCCAACAGCACAACAAUCAUUGAGGUAUCCGUAUUAUCAAAUUGGAAUUCAACGUGUGGUUAGCAGUAAAAAAAUUGGAGUAUCAUCGCAGAGAGAAUUGAUAAUGAACAAAGUCAACCUUCCACCGCCGAUUCCAAAACAAUCAAAUUAUCAUCAGCACGAGGAGGUCAUGAAUAACGUAAUACAAUCUAGAGUACAAGAGAAGAUUGUACAACCACAGCAACAACCGGUAUUACCAUUAUUGAAUCAUAAUAAUCGUAAACGUGAAAACAACUCGUCCAAAUGGGACGAAGAUGAUUUCGCUGAUAUCUUAGGAAGCAAGAUAAUCCCAGAGAGCAUCGAAACAAAGCUACUGCCUGAUCGUGUUUACAAAGAAAAUCGUGCCAAUUGGAAUGCCAAUUAUACCGUUGGUGAGAAUUUCAAGCAGACUAAUGCAAAUUGGUCAUUGCCGGUUUGGAACGAGACGAUGCAAUUAAAGAAUUGGAAUCAACAAUCUCAAUCGGCUACGAAGAACGCUAGGAAGGUUUCAGCUAAACAACAUUAUCUCAGCGUGGCUCGGUACGUCGCUGGCCAGACCACAAAUUUGUCGUCCAGAAACGAAGACACCGACUCGAAUCAAUCAAGAUUGACGAUGAACGGCAUGAUCGGUCCAUUUAGUUCAGCAAAAUAUGAGGAAUACAAUGACAACUUUUGGGGACCGAGAGAGAACGUUGAAAAUCAAACAAGGCAACAUUAUCUCUCACGAAAUCGUUUUAUAGCCGAGCAAAAUUCAAGAAUACCUUAUCCUAGUGUUUAUGGUACGCAUAAUAUCAAACAACCAAAUAAAUCAGCUUUACAAACGAAUCUCUUUGGAACUGUCUUGAAUGUUCGUGGAAGUGGCAGUGGACUCCAUGGUCGAACUGAUUGGGCUGCUAAAUAUCUCAAAUGACCACGUUAAAAUUCCUCCUAAAAUGAAAGAUUUAGUUUUUAUCGACACUUACCUUAAUCUGUGAUAGAAUGAUUCCAAUCGUUCCAACAAUUUUGCAUUUUGCAUAAUCGUUCGUUUUAAAAAAAUAGAUUUCUAUUUUGUAGUAUUAGAUCUACCAGAUGAUGCUGCUUUGUUUCUCUUUUUUCUUUUUUCUUUUUUUUUCUUUUUUUUUCUUAUUUUCUUUUUUUCUCAAUCAAUCAUGAGUACCGACAAGAUUAGAGAAAAGAAAAAAAAGAAAAAAAAAAAAAAGAACGAAAUGAAAAAUUAAUUCGAUACAUUCAUUACUCCGAAUUUUUCAUUGAAUAACAUUCUGAUAAUAUUUAGAAAGCAAUGAAUGGAACGUGUGCGUGAUCGUUUAUUGUUCAUGAAUAUAAAUGAAAGCUAAAAGAAAAGCAGUCAUAUUAUCAUAUUAAAUAUCAUAAUAUAUAUAUAUAUAUAUAUAUAUAUAUAUAUAUAUAUAUAUAUAUAUAUAUACAUAUAUAUACACAUACGUACAUUUAUUAUUUGUACAUAGUAACAUUAUCGCAACAUUGAGUAAUAUCUCUGGAAACAAUUUGAAAUAAUUUUCUCUCUUGCAAAUUUUUAUUAAUGCAUAAUGUAAUAUGAAUAAUUGAUAUAUGAUUCAUUUCGAUCUUUUUCUUUCUUUUUUUAAAUUUAUUUAUUCAAUCAAAUAACAGAGUAAUAUACUCAGUAUCGCGUUACGAUACAAUAAAUAUAUGGAAGUAGGAUGUAAUAAAAAAGAAAAAGAAAAUAAUAAUAAUAAUAAUAAUAAUAAUAAUAAUAAUAAUAAUAAUAAUAAUAAUAAUAAUAAUCAUAAUAUAAUAUACAGCAAUAAAAAAUAAAAAUAAAAAGAGGAUUUUUUGUAUUAUUUACUAAGUAUAAUCAAAAGUAAACAUAAUGAUUUGUUAUUAUUUUAUUAUUAUUUAUCAUUCGCAUAAAUUUUUCUCUCUAAUUACUAUAGUCUUUUUAUUUAUUUUAUCCUUUUCAUGUAUUCGUACUUAUAUUUAUUAAUACAAUUCGUAUCAAGAUAGAGUGUCAUUUUAUUUGAAGAGCUAUAUAAAGCAUUUAUAUAGUCUCUACACAGAGCUCAUAUUCCUUCGUUCCUUCAUUUAUUUCAUUCUUCAUCGUAGGAAUGAAUUAUUUUUUUUUAUUAAUUAAUUAAUACGAUUUCAACUCGUCUCGCAAAAAAAAAGAAAGAAAAUGAUUUCUUUCUUCUUUUUUCCUUUUUUCUUUUAUUCUCUUUUUCCUUCAUUAAAUAUAACUUGAUUAAACGAUCGAUGAGAUUAAAAUUUACACUAAUAACAUCAUGUGAAUUAAAUCUUUUUUUUUUCGUUUUUUUUUUUUUUCUUUUUUUACUUCCUUAUGUCAUGCGUAUAUUAUAUACAAUAGAAUGAGCGAUAUGUUUGAUUAAAUUAAAUAUAAUAUUUAUCAUUAGUACGUAUGAAUGUGUAUAUGCGUAAUACAAUAUGAUUAAUGACAAAUGUGAUUAAUUAUUAUGAUUAAUUUUAGAAUCGGAGAAAUAACUUAUAUUAUUUGAAAAAUGAACAGGAUACUGUUGCUUAAAAAGAAAUGUUUUAAUAAAUUUUCUUUUUUAAUUUCUACUUUUUUGAAUCUUCUUUUCUUUUUCUCUUAUUUUUUCUUUUUUAAAUUAUCGCAGCAAUUAUCAUUUCUCUGUCGGUGAAUUGGUUUCCUUUUGUUUUCUUUUUUUUUCUUAUUUUUUCAAUUUCUUCUCUCCGCGUUCGAGAUGUAGCAAAAUGAUAUACAUAGAUACGUCUAACAAAAAUAUAUAUAUAUAUAUAUAUAUAUAUGUGUGUGUGUGUGUGUAUAUAUAUAUUUUUUCCUUCUUUAUUCUUUUCAAAUACAAUUAUGUAGUGCGCAUAAUGUUUCCUUUGCACACAUUUGUAAGUCUUUCUAAUUUCUAUAUAAACAAAAUCUACGGCUAUUUCUCGACUAUAUCUAGAUAUGUAUUUUUGAAAAUUUUUGAAAUUUAUUUUUUUAAUUUAAAAUUUUUAUCUCACGAGGAAAGACUACUGGUAUUGCUUCUUUUUA